AUGUCACCUCACGUUAGAAUGAUGAGUCAUGUCCAAAGCGAAGAUGACACCACUGAUUUGACAGAUCCGUCCGUGGGCGCCGUGGACGUGGGCAGCCGCGAGGGGUACACCAAGCUGUGGAACAAGACACGGAGCGCCCUUAAGUACAUCUACGAGAACCACCUCCACGAUUUCGAGUGGUUCCUGAAGGCGGAUAGUGACACAUAUGUGUUAGUGGACAAUUUACGUUAUGUGUUGCAAGAUUACGAUACCAACGACCCACUGUACUUUGGUCAACACUACAAAAUUUAUGGAGGAUACAAUACAGGAGGCAAUCUCAGAAAAGGAUCAUCUGGCAACUCACCUCUGCCUCUGGGGGUUUCCGAUUCGCCGAAUAUCUUUUGA